UACUAGUCAAAUCGGCUCUUUCGACAUCAGUGUUACUCUUCACCACGUUCGCGAUGUGAGUUAGAUCUCAGUCUUCGAGUCACGUCUUUCUCUCUCGAUGUCAUUUAAUUUCGUGAUAGUAUUGGCUAUUUUACGUGCAACAUGCCGAUGUUAACGUACAGCGGCUGCAGUAUAGCAGUUGCCGAGGCCGAAAAUGGUUCCCCGGCGGGAUCGUUAUUAUCAGGCGAAGGAGAGCUUCCGGACGAAGUCGGGGAUUCUCCUGGGACGUCGAGGGACACUGAGGAGGAAGCCACGCUUUCCGAUGAAUUUUACUCCCAUGACACUGACGAGGAGGACGAUCAGAGCAAAAGGAGACGCGACCGUUCUAGCUCCUUAGAUGGCAUCUCCUCUUCUGGCAAUGGUCAUUCAGGAUCACCCACACCUCGCACAGGAGGCUUAGGAAUCAGAAAAUUAUUCACUAAUAGUCGCGAACGAUGGAGACAGCAGAACGUGACCGGUGCGUUCGCCGAACUUCGUAAAUUGGUGCCAACGCAUCCGCCGGACAAGAAACUGUCCAAGAACGAGAUAUUAAGAAUGGCGAUACGAUAUAUAAAAUUGUUAAGCAACGUUUUAGAGUGGCAAAAGGAUCAAGAUCGUAACGGGAUGCAGCAACACAACGUGCGUAUCAAGUGCGAAUCGCAUUUGAACAAUCAAAAUACCGUCACGUACCACGCGAAGCCGAUCGUGACUCUUCUAAAACAGGAAAAGCAGAAUGCCUCCGAAAAUUCUCACGUUUUUCGUGUUAAUUAUUCCAUGCAGAGACAUGCGGCGUGUGACAAAAGUAACAGCAAUCUACUGAUGAUCGCACCGGGCGGACUCAGCACAGCCAUAUCUACCGGAAAACGUUGUGUCACUCCCUCCGUCGUAGUUACCCAAGGCAAUUUUCACAGCACCAGUAACGGUGUCAUACGUUCAUUAGCGCCUGGCCGAUCCCCGAGUUUUCCGAAAUCACCGCAGGUGUCAUCGAAUACUCCUAAUGGAUCUUCCUCGUCCUUGACUGGUAACGCGCCAGUCACGAACGGAAUGGGAUCAGGUGUCGCAAACUGCGCUCAGAAGAGAUUCAAGAUCGAACGCGAGGAGGAAGAGCAGACUUCGAGGGACUGCAGGGCUCCAAUACCGCCUGCACAUAAUGUUCCUGUUAGAAAAAGGGUCAAAGUUACUUUUAUGAAAGAGGCAAAUUCGGGAUUUCGUGGCGAUCUGUGUGGUGUAGAUCGCAAGUGAAACGCGGAAAGAUUCAUUAUCGUGAUUACAUUCAAAUACGUACUUAAUAUAAAUAUUUCUUUUUUCUGCUGUAUUUGACAAUAACUAGUAUUAUGCAGUAUGCAAUUGAACUUAAUUCCGUGAUUUAAUUCUUGAAUUAAUGUAUAUAAAAUUUUAUUUUUAUUAUUCAAAUUUUAAAGAUUCUCUCAAUUCACGCUAGAUAUACUAUUACAUCGUAUAUGCAUAUCUAUUAUUGUGUUGAGUAGCAUUAUUCGAAUACUGACUUAAUAAAGACUUCGUUUUGUUGUAAAAA